GUAGCUCCUGUUGAUCCAGCAACUUCACCACCUUGCCAGGUAGCCCCUGUUGAUCCAGCAACUUCACCACCUUGCCAGGUAGCCCCUGUUGAUCCGGCAACUUCACCUCUUCAGGUAGCCCCUGUUGAUCCAGCAACUUCACAACUCCAGGUAGCCCCUGUUGAUCCAGCAACUUCACCACUUCAGGUAGCCCCUGGUGAUCCGGCAACUUUACCACUCCAGGUAGCCCCAGUUGAUCCAGCAACUUCACAACUUCAGGUAGCCCCUAUUGAUCUGGCAACUUCACCACUUCAGGUAGCCCUUGUUGAUCUGGCAACUUCCCCACUUCAGGUAGCCCCUGUUGAUCCAGCAACUUCACAACUUCCGGUAGCCCCUGUUGAUCAAGCAACUUUACCACUUCAGGUAGCCCCUGUUAAUCUGGCAACUUCACCACUCCAGGUAGCCCCUGUUGAUCCAGCAACUUCUCAACUUCAGGUAGCCCCUUUCGAUCCAGCAACUUUACCACUCCAGGUAGCCCCUGUUGAUCUGGCAACUUCACCACUUCAGGUAGCUCCUGUUGAUCUGGCAACUUCAUCACCUUGCCAGGUAGCUCCUGUUGAUCCGGCAACUUCACCACUUCAGGUAGCCCCUGUUGAUCCAGCAACUUCACCACUUCAGGUAGCUCCUGUUGAUCUGGCAAAUUCACCACCUUGCCAGGUAGCUCCUGUUGAUCCGGCAACUUCACCUCUUCAGGUAGCCCCUGUUGAUCCGGCAACUUCACCACUUCAGGUAGCUCCUGUUGAUCCAGCAACUUCACCACCUUGCAAGGUAGCCCCUGUUGAUCCAGCAACUUCACCACCUUGCCAGGAACUUGAAGAGAAGAGAAAUAAACGAUUACGAGAUGCCCAAAUGAUAGGACAAGUUGUUGAACAAAAUGAUGACACUGAAGUGAUUAACAUCAGUUGCAAGAAAGUAACGUUUAGUUGGCAAAGAGGAUUCAAAAUUGGUGAAGGGCAAUGUGGCACUACUGUGUAUUCUUGUAUCAAUAUGGACACAGGGGAAACUUUAGCAAUGAAAGCUAUGAGGUAUGUCCGAAAUGAACACAGUAUUAUAAAGGAUAUUGCAGAUGAAAUAAAAACUUUUGAAGGAAUACAACAUCAUAAUUUAGUCAGAUAUUAUGGGGUUGAACUCCACCGUGAUGAGUUGUUGAUAUUCAUGGAAUAUUGCGAUGAAGGAACAUUAGCAGAAGCUGCUAAGCAAGAUCUUCCAGAGCAUUUGAUAAGAAGAUAUUCAUAUGAAAUAACACAAGCUAUAAAUAAACUACAUGAACAUGGCAUUGUACACAGAGAUAUCAAAGGUGCUAACAUAUUUCUGUGCUCUGAUGGUCAUGUCAAGCUUGGUGAUUUUGGAUGUUCUACAAAACUUAAAAAACCUUCAACUAUGUUGGGUGAAAUAAAUACUUUCAUGGGCACAGCAGCAUACAUGGCGCCAGAAGUUAUUACGCAAACUGGAAAGGGAGGAUAUGGUAGAGCAGCUGACAUAUGGAGUUUAGGAUGUGUUGUAAUUGAAAUGUCUACAGGAAAG